AUUCCUCAUUGUUCAACCCCGAAUUUAACGCAUGCUUGUGAGGCCAACGCUGAACCACUACCAAUUCUCUCGAAUGUCUACAAUGCUUACAUGCCCCAUUGCUCGAACACCUUGGGCUCCUUUGCAGAGAGGAUCAAGCUUCACCAUACUUUACGUUGCCAAGGAAGAAGCCAACUGUACCUUCAAGCCUGUGGGUUCUGUCAUUCAAGAACCGAAAAGAUUUCAGUUCCAGAAAGGAUGGGCUCAGAAAUUCGAUCAGCCUGAAGGUGGCAUAAACCUCAGCUUAUUUAAAUCGGAUGAAAUUUUUAAACGUGAAGGGGAUGUUUACCCACUUGUUAUCUCUGCAGAAAUAUGUUUGCCAUCUUCUUGGUCAGUGCCUCCAGCUAUGGGGACUUCUCAUGGACAAAUUACUCAAGCUGUCCUAGAGAAAAUAAAGAGGGCCAUUUUCAAGUGAAAGUAAUGAGCCCGAAAUCAUGGUGGCAUAAGAUAAGUACUAAUUAUGAGUCAAGGUAUGACACAGCGGAUACAGAUGUUCCUUUGAAGAAAAGAAAGGUGAGAAUUUGAUCAUAACCACUUUCAUAAACGGUUUAAUUAGUUCUUAAUAAUUAAUUUUGUCCUAU